AUGGCGACGGACGGGUUCUGGGAAGUGGUGAAUCCGCAGGCGUGCAGGAAGAUCGUGGAGGCGUUGUAUGAGGAUUAUUCGAUGGAUGACAUAGCGAAGAUUCUGUACUGGAUAUCGCUGCAGAGAGGGAGCUAUGACAAUGUGUCGAUCGUGCUGAUAGAUCUGUGCUAUUCGCCCUCGUCGAUGAGGCAGUGGAAAUUGUUUUGA